AUGGAUAUUUAUGAGGGAGCUUACGAAAAAUUAAAAAAUGUCGAAAAUAAAAGAGAAGGCGUUGAUUUGGAUGAUUUUGAAGAAUUUAUGAGAAAAGUGGAAGAAGUUAAUAAAAUGGUUCACGCAUUGACUUCGAAUAAUAAAGCUGAAAUAGAAGAAGCGUCAAAAAAUGCCGAUGCCUGGCUUAAAAAUCAAAAGAAAAAGAAGAGAAACGAUCGAGAUCUUCAAGAAGAAGUUAUUAACGAACCACAUGAUAAAUUCGAAUCAAAAAAAUUAUUUAAUAAAACAGUCAUAAAUGAAAAGGCAUUAAACAACAACAACAACACAAGUGAUGAAAAAAAAAAAUGUCAAACGUUUGAUAAUUUAAAUUGUGAUGAAAUGUCACAAGAAGCAUUUAUGAGAACCGUAGAAGAAGAUGCUAAAAAAAGAGCACAAGAUAGAAAAGAAAGAAAAAAAGAAAGUGAUGUUAUUAAAGCUCAAGCAUGUAAAGCUUUCUCAUCAAAAGAUUAUGAAAAAGCUUUAGAUCUUUACAAUAAGGCCAUUGAUGUGAGGAAAGAUUCAUAUAUACUUUAUAAUAAUAGAGCACUCACACUUUUAAAUUUGGGCCUUAAUAGUCGUGCUCUUAAAGAUUGUGAAACUUCUUUAAUGUUAAAUAAUGAUAAUAAUUUCAAAGCAUCACUUUUUAAAGGGAAAGCUUAUUUUAAAAUGGGAGAAUAUGAAAAAGUUAAAAGUUGGAUGGAACAAGUUGUGAAAAUGUUUCCAAAUAAAGUACAGGAAAUAAAAGAUUAUCAAGAUUCGUGGAAAGUGGAGGAUGAUUAA